UCUCGUUUAACACUUAGUUUACUUGCAACAUGUAUGAAUACGACGGUGAAAAUGAUCAAUACAAUGAAAUUUUCGAGUUUUCUCAAACAAGCAACAGUCGACGCAGUUCAAGAUUCAGCACUACAAGUUUAUUUUCGCGAAUUAUAAGCAAAAGCGGCCGUUUGAACAUCUAUCAAGUGAAAAUUCCCCGGAAAUAUCUCAACUAUUUUCGCGAUUUGGGCAAUACUUUGCUCAACACUCGCUGGAGAUGGAUCAUAACUGUUUUAUGUCUGGUUAAUUUCGUUAGUUUUUUUCUCUUCGGGCUACUCUACAUGUGGAUUGCUUACGCAAGUGGCGAUUUUGAAACAGAUAGGGAUUUUUGUAUCGUCAAUACAAAAAAUUUGACCGGUUAUAUCCUCCUAAGCAUCGAAACAAUGCUCACCAUUGGGUAUGGGUACAGAUACCCCACUGAAAAGUGCACAAUUGGUUGGAUUGUUCCACUUUUACAAGCCUUGGUCAGUAUUGGGAUUCAAGGAGUGUUAGUUAGUGCCGUUUAUGUGAAAAUUGCAAAACCGUACACAAAAAACUCGUUGAGUAUUUUUAGCAAAAAAGCGGUGGUGGCACAAAGGGACGGCGAAAUGUGCUUAAUAAUCCGAAUUAUUGAUUUGACUGAAAAAAUCUCAAUUGGGACUAAUGUAACAAUGUAUUUUAUUAAUAAAUCCCAAGACCCUAUCCAAAUUAAACAAAUUAAAAUACAACCAUUUGGUUGUCUCAUUUUCCCGAUUGAAAUCAUUCAUGUGAUCGACUCUCAAAGUCCUUUAUGGGACAUUUCACCCCUUGAACUUCUCACCAAACCAUUUGAAAUCAUUGUUGUCGCUGAGGGAUUAUCGGUUAUAACCGGUCAAGCGUCCCAAAACCGGACGUCUUACACAAAUUCGGACCUUCUCUGGGGCCACCGAUUCACCCCCUGUGUCCAUUUCGACACAAUCAAGGAACAAUUUGUGAUAAAUUACAAAAAUUUCAAUAAAAUAACCCCAUUUGAUACCCCCCUCUGUAGUGCACACUUUUUAAACUCAAUAAAAUUAAAUUAA